UGUAGAUUUUUUUCAAGUACAUGCCAGGGAAUUUUUCCAUUCUGCUUGCAGAAAACAAAGCUCUCUGUGAUUGCACAUGGCGAUACAGUAAAACGUGUACAAAUGAGAUUAAUGUGUUUAAUGGUGAAUAAAUGCAAUAUCUUGAGGAGCAUGCUGAUAUUGGAUUUUUGUGGCUCUACCCCACACACAAGCUCAUUUUUCCAUGACAAACUGUCGUUUAUAUGCCAUUUUUUAAAAUCUUACAGGGCGUUUAAUAAUCCAUCCAACGUAUUGACGAAUGCAGUGUCUAUUGAUUUGCAGGGAAAUAGUUACAGGGUAAGUGUCUUAACAAGUAUUCUGUUUCAACUUGGCUGCUGCCUGAACGCUCCGCCUGCUCUCGCCGAGGAUAUUGACUUUCCCGCAAGUUAAAGUAUUUAAAUGUAGAGGGAGACAGAUGCUGUAUGCGGACUGGAGGCAACCACAAGAAAUACACGUGUGGGAGGAAGCUUGACGUUGGAGCUUUACUGCGCAUCUUAUAGAGAGACAGCUGUGGCGACGUUGCUGUAACUUUUUAAACACGCGGAGUUGCGUUGGUACUCCAGAGGGUCAUUCAACUUUUUUUAAAUUUUUUUUAUUUAAUCAUUUUUUUAAAUUUAUUUUUGUUUUAUUUAUUUUUUUUAAAGGAAAUUCACCUCACAUGAGUGCACAUUACCGUUUCUGCGUAAAAGCCAGCGCGUAAAACUAAAAAAAAAAAAGUCCCUACUGCUGUGUCGGGAAAGUCCUGGAUUCAUUUCCACUUUAGACAUGCAUUGUUGAUAAACUGAAUGACGCGAAGAGGAUUUGAUGGAGGCGGUUUGGUGACAGCGACACUUUCUCCGGACUCUCAAGUUUGGAUUAGCGCCGCAACGCCUUGAAACCACCCGAACUUUUUUAUUUUUUCUUGCUUUCUUUCUUUUUUUUUAUUGGAUCCGUUGAGUGCAGAGCGGAUGCUGUUACCUGCGUGGGACCCUGACAGUUUCGGAUCUCUUAAUUGUCACGGGUAUCUCUUUCUGUGUGUAACAAGAGGGGGAUAAAACAGAGCUGAAAAACCCCCAUCAGGAGGAACUUCAUUUCCCAUCCAGCACCGAAACAGUGGAGUAUUCAUGAAGCAAUAUUUGAACUAUUACAAGAUGAGGCUGAGAACAUCGAGGUUAGGUUAUCUGUUACUUCAGUUCACGGCGCUUUGCUUUUACGCACAGAACUCUGUGCAAUCCCCUCCUAAUUUCAAGCACCAUGUCACCGAGCAGAGCCGGCUGUCGGACCGGAUGAGCCGCAGGCUGACCCGAACUUACCAGCUGUACAGCCGCACCAGCGGGAAACACGUCCAGGUCCUGGGCAACAAGAGGGUCAACGCCAACGGGGACGACGGAGCGGUGCACGCUAAACUGGAAGUGGAGACGGACUCUUUUGGAAGCCGCGUCCGUAUUAAAGGGGUGAAGACAGGCUACUACAUAUGCAUGAACAAGAGGGGGAAGCUGAUCGGCAAGCGGAAAGGGCGAGGGAAGGACUGCAUCUUCACUGAGAUUGUUCUGGAAAACAACUACACGGCGCUGCAGAACGCCAAGUAUGAGGGCUGGUACAUGGCUUUCACACGCAAGGGCCGCCCGAGGAAGGCCUCCAAGACCAAGCAGCACCAGAGGGAGGCCCACUUCAUGAAGCGUCUACCCAGGGGGCACUUGCUAAGUGAGAGGAGGCCGUUUGAUGUCCUUCCUCUCCCAGUCCCCGUGCAGCCUUUCAACAAACGGACUAAACAUUCCCAUCACCAGCGCUCGGGGCCACGCUGAGGACUGAAACCGCUGAGGGAGAACCGUAGAAGAACCAGAAGAACCACUGCGAGAGAAAACAUGUGCUCAGAGUGAAAUUAACUUUUACAAGUGCCCAUGCACUUUUUUUGCCUCACGUGCGGACAUGUAAUUAUUUGUACUGGAUUUUAUGUAAACAUUGACUAUCUAAUCUGCUAGUUAUUUCCAAUUCAGACAGACUGUAGGAAGCUUUUUUUUUUUUUCUUAUUAAAUCAGGGGGAAUUUGAAGCUCUCAACAAUAAUGUCAUGAAUGAAAACGUUUGGUUGGAAGUUAGCCAGCUCAGCAACAAAGAAUGUUUAAAAGAGAAACGAGUACAAUGACGCUAGACGUGGCAGCUAUCUGUGGUUACAGCACCCGAGUCUCAGUUGACAUGCUAUCUUGCCUUUAGGAGGCCAUUUUGGAGAAUAUGUAACCUGUUUUUUUCUACAUAUAUGAAUAUAUUUUUACUGUAAAAAAUGUAAAUUACAUCAAAUGAUGGAAAUAUUUAUUGUAGAGUGUAUAUUAAAACCACUAAAGUAUCA